GGAUGGGUCCUCCAGGCAGGCAGGGAGGGUUACAAUGUUGUUCACGUUCAGGAGAAGUGGGUAAUUGGGACACUUUUGCGUAUAACGGCGAAGCAAGGGAAGGGCAGAACAGGAGAAGAGGGCCUUCUCACCCUGUGUGUCAUUACUAGGGUAAGUAAUCGCGAAGACGUUGCGUUGAAGCAUCGCACCUCUGUGUAGGUCGCGCUGUGUCCUCCGAGUCGAACGUCGAAGCGUUGGAUUCGGUGGCGAGGUGCGCCCAGGCUGGACUGAAAUGUGGAAGGGGGUGUGGAUCAACUCUCGUCGACGGCCAUGUUAGAGAAUUGGAUCUGCGUUUGUGGGAAUCAGUGAAUUGUGGUUCUUUUGCAGGGAUUCAUUGAAGUUUAUGCUGAUGAAUAGAGAUGCUGUAAAUAUCAGGGAGUUGCGGGAUGUCAGACUACGAGGAUGAUGAGAGCGUAUCGAGUGAGAGAGAUGUAGGUGAUGAUUGUGCAAAUGGUGUUGCCGAGGAAGAAGCCAAUGGCCAAGAAUUUGGGAGAGAUAGAUGUGACGAAGGUCUUGCUGAUAGUGAAAGCGAUCUAGAAGUAGGAGCUGAGAGCGUGAGUGAUAAAGAGGAAGAGAAAUUCGAAGGAAUUUUAGAGAAUAGUACCGACGGAAGUUUGGUUGGAGAUGUUGAAAGGGACGAUCCAGGAAAUGAGCACGAAGACUUUCAGGAGGAAGUUGGGCACGCGUUGUUGGCGCCAGUUUAUUCCGGUCGUGCAAGAGUAGCGAAAGAAGGAAGUGCAGACAUAUCGGAUGGACCAAAUGGCUCGAAUUUCGAGGAAGGAGCCAAGUUGGCAACUAACAGACAGGAAGCUUUCAGCGACGAUGAACAAGAGGAUGUUGGUCAGAAAGGUCUUCAAGUGGAGGUUUUGGAAGGGGACAUCGGACAUAAAGAAGAUGAUGAUACGAAGGACGUUAGCGAGUUUGAGGGCGAUGGCAAAGGUUCCAAUGAUGAUUAUCAGGUUGAGGAGGACUUUGAUGACCUUGAUGAAGGUGAAGAUGACCUACAAAUAGUGUAUACCAAGGAGCUUCCCACAAAAAAUGCACGGCGCUUUGGAGGUGUAAGGACUAAUAUUCAAUCAGUGCUUCGAAGGCCUCUUGCUAGACCAAUCAAGCAGGAAAGGUUUUUAGAACCGGAAUCUGAACAGGACGAAGAGGAAGAGGAAGAGGAAGAGGAUGAUGAAGAUCCUGCAGAUGAUCCUCAAGACUCAGACUUCGACCCCACGGAUGGAGCUUCGAGUCGCGGUGGAAUGCAUGCUGCUCACGCAGUUAAAGAUAGCGAUGCUGAACUUUCUGAGGAAGUUUCAGAUGAGAGCUUGAAUCUCUCAGAUGACAGCUUAGAUCUCUCAGAUGAUAGUGAUAAUAGCUAUGGAAAGAGGAGAGCCUCGCGCAAGCGGAAAACUACUCGAACGUCUCAGGCCAAUCGUAACCGAACAAGGGUUUUGCGCACCCAAAGGCUCAGAGUUCAAGGGUCAUUGUGUAGCAGCGAUAACGAAUCCUCUGCGAAAGACAGUGUGGAGGAAGAAAGUGACGAGGAUUCAAGCUAUGGUCGUCCGCAGCGGAAAACAGUUACUUCAAGUCGUAGAAAACGGCAGGAGACGUCAGGAUCAGCCCACGCCUUGAAGAAUGAUAGAGAUCUCUCUGCUAAGGAAGCCCGUACUCGUACAUCUAGCCGAGCGCUUCCAAGAAAGUCAUACGUAGAAGCUGAGGACAGUCAGGCUUCAGAGGAAGAGCGAGAUAAGAAGCGGCUCAAGGUAGCCGCAGAGGAGAUAGAGGAGGAGGAGGACUAUGGAGAUGCCAUUGAAAGAGUUUUAUGGCAUCAACCUAAAGGUAUUGCUGAGGCAGAAGCUGAAGAGGGAAGACAUGCAGACCCAUUUGUGCUCGAUACAGAUCCAAAUGCCGAACUCACCUGGAAGAAUCAGGAAUUUUAUAUAAAAUGGAAAGGCCAGUCGUAUCUACAUUGUAGUUGGAUGCCUUUAUCGGAGCUUGAACUGCUAAGUGGAUACAAGAAGGUGGUUAAUUAUAUGAAGAAGAUUGAUGAGGACAGACAAGUUCGCCAGACGCUCUCUCCAGAGGAGGCAGAGCUACAUGAUGUCAGCAAGGAGAUGGAGUUGGACCUUCUUAAGCAGUACCUUCAGGUGGAAAGAGUUUUUGCUGAUAGAAAUCGGGUGGACAAUGAGGAGGAGAUAACAGAAUAUCUGGUCAAGUGGAAAGGACUUUCCUAUUGUGAUUCAACUUGGGAGAAAGACACAGAUAUUGCCUUUGCACAAUCUCAGAUUGAUGAAUGUAAGGCCCGUGAAGCUGAAACAACUUUUCAAGGAAAGCCUGUAGAUGUUCAGAGACGAAAAGGCAAAGUGAACAUGCGGAAGUUGGAAGAGCAGCCAGAAUGGCUGAAAGGUGGAACACUGCGAGACUACCAGUUGGAAGGAUUGAAUUUUUUGAUGAAUAGUUGGAGAAACGACACCAAUGUUAUUCUUGCGGAUGAAAUGGGUCUUGGCAAGACGGUUCAGUCAGUGUCGAUGCUUGGAUUUCUUCAGUAUGCUCAACAAAUUCCUGGACCUUUUCUGGUAGUUGUACCACUCUCCACCAUCACCAAUUGGGCCAAAGAAUUUCGGAAGUGGUUACCUGAUAUGAAUGUAGUUGUUUAUGUGGGCAACCGAGCUAGUCGAGAGACAUGUCAGCAACAUGAGUUUUAUACAGGGCGGAAAACUGGGCGUACGAUUAAGUUCAAUACCCUACUAACCACAUACGAGGUUGUGCUGAAAGAUAAGGCUGUAUUAUCAAAGAUUAAAUGGUGUUAUCUGAUGGUUGACGAAGCCCAUAGGCUGAAAAAUUGCGAAGCCUCGUUAUAUACUACUUUACAAGAAUUCAGCACCAAAAACAAGGUGCUGGUUACAGGAACUCCGUUGCAGAACAGUGUUGAAGAACUUUGGGCGCUUCUUCAUUUUCUUGAUUCUGACAAAUUCAAGAGCAAGGAACAUUUUACAGAGCAUUAUAAGAAUUUGAGUUCGUUUGAUGAAAAGGAGCUUGCAAAUCUCCACGCAGAACUGCGACCUCACUUGCUGCGAAGGAUAAUAAAAGACGUAGAAAAAUCAUUGCCACCAAAAAUUGAGCGCAUAUUGAGAGUGGAGAUGUCUCCACUUCAGAAGCAGUACUACAAAUGGAUCUUGGAGCGGAACUUCAAUGAUCUGAAUAAGGGUGUCCGUGUUAAUCAGGUUUCCUUAUUGAACAUAGUCGUGGAGCUCAAGAAGUGCUGUAAUCAUCCAUUCCUGUUUGAAAGUGCCGACUAUGGCUAUGGUGGAGAUGCAAACACAAACGACAACAACAAAAUCCAGCGUAUUGUUCUCAGUAGCGGGAAGCUUGCCAUUCUCGACAAAUUGUUGGUACGCCUGAAAGAGACAAAGCAUCGUGUUCUUAUCUUCUCACAGAUGGUGAAAAUGUUAGAUAUCUUGGCGGAUUACCUAAGCUUGCGAGGGUUUCAAUUUCAGCGUCUAGAUGGUAGUACACGAGCAGACCUCAGGCAUCAAGCUAUGGAGCACUUUAAUGCCCCUGGAAGUGAGGACUUCUGUUUCUUACUAUCUACCCGUGCUGGUGGUUUGGGAAUUAAUCUUGCUACCGCAGACACUGUCAUUAUAUUUGACUCGGAUUGGAAUCCCCAGAAUGAUUUACAGGCCAUGAGUAGAGCCCAUCGAAUUGGGCAGCGGGACGUUGUGAAUAUAUAUCGUUUUGUAAUUAGUAGGAGUGUUGAAGAGGACAUUCUUGAGCGGGCGAAGAAGAAGAUGGUUUUGGAUCACCUGGUAAUUCAGAAGCUCAAUGCACAAGGCAGACUGGAAAAGAAAGAGGCGAAGAAGGGGACAGGAUUUGACAAAAAUGAGCUCGCUGCCAUUUUGCGAUUUGGAGCUGAGGAGUUGUUUAAAGAUGACAAGAAUGAGGAAGAUCAGAAGAGCAAGCUUGAGAAUAUGGACAUUGAUGAGAUUUUGGCUCGGGCUGAGAAAGUUGAGACCAAAUCUGCUACUGAAGUGGAUGCGGAGGGCAAUGAGCUCCUAGGUGCAUUCAAGGUUGCGAAUUUUAGCAAUACAGAAGAUGACGCCACUUUCUGGAGCCGAUUGAUUCCUCCAGAGGCAGCUAGGCAAGCAGAAGCUUUUCCCGUACAGGACAUGUCAGGACCACGUGUGGCAAGGACUAUUCGGAAUUAUUCUGAAGAUUUGGGGUCUGAAAGGAAUGACAAACGACGUCGAGGUGAUGGAAAGGAGAAAUUGCCCAAGCGUGGAUCCAGAUCUAGUAAAGAAUAUGUGCCUCCGUCUGAAAUAGAGGGAGCUGCUGCCCGUACUGCGAAGUGGGGGGGUGGGGUUCUGACAAAGAAAGAAGCCAACUCGUUCAUCAAAGCGGUCAAAAAGUUUGGGGAUUUGAGUAGGAUCAAGCUCAUUGCUAAGGAGGCAGGAGAUCCGGUGUCAGAAACAUCCACUAGUUUACAAUCUGAGCUAUGGGAUGCACUUGUUAAUGGUUGUAAAGAUGCUGUGCGUAGGGCAGGAGUUGAUUGUAAGGCAGCUGUUCUGGACUUUUUUGGGGUACCUGUCAAAUCACAAGAUAUGCUUGGGAGAAUCAAUGAGUUGACUUUGCUAGGAAGACGUAUAAAGCGUUUUAAAGAUCCUGUUGCUCAGUUUAGGCUUAAGUCUCAUCCCAGAGUACCUUCCUGGUCAAAAGUGUGUGACUGGAGUCAAGUUGAUGAUGCAAGACUAUUGCUGGGUGUCCACUAUCAUGGACUUGGAAACUGGGAGAGGAUAAGACUAGAUGAGAGACUCUUGUUGGUCGACAAAUUGGCUCCGCAAGGGGCUACUUCUGCUGAUACGUCCUUGCCUCGAUCUACGCAUCUUGAAGCUCGGGUGAAUGCACUUUUGCGAAAGGAACUUGAGGUUUCUGGUGUGAUAAAUGGGAAUGAUGAGGCCGAAAGGCCACUGGGUGGAAAGGGAGUGUACAAACGUGAUUGGUUAGAUGAUAGUGCAAAAGAUAGGUCUGCGAAGCUAGAUAUAGGGUUGGGAAGGAAAGGUUCUGGAGGGUCAGGCUCACAGAAACUUAAUGCAAGGGACCGAGCAGCAAAGCGCUUAAGAGCAGAACAAGAUGUCAAAGAGGAAGGUGAAAUAUCCGAUACCGAUGAAGGUGGCGUACAACCAUCGCGUGGACGGGGAAAAAAUAAAGAUAAUAUGGGUAGGCAAUCGAAAGAAGAAAAGUGGCAUCACUGGUGUGCUCAAAUGAUGGAAGAUCAGACUCGUACACUCGAGAGGCUACAAAGACUCCAAACGGAUUUUAGUUUACCCAAAGAAGAGGUUCUCCGAAGAGUGAAGACGUAUUUGCAGACUCUGGGUCACAAGAUUGAUAGUAUCUUAGCUGAAAAUGCAACUGCUCCUAAUCCAGAUAGAAUGGCCACCAGACUUUGGAAUUAUGUCUCAACGUUUUCGAAUCUAAAAGGGGAUAAACUAGCUGAAAUAUAUAAGAAAUUACGACUAGAACCUCAACCUGGACAUGCUAGAGGGAUAUCCCAGGAUCCCAAUCACGGUGCAGCUGGUCCCAGUGGAAGGGAUGAGCACAGCCACGUGACCACCGAUAGAAAACAAAACCAAGUAGGAAAUACUGUUGCGGAGCCCAGUCAAGGGGAUUCUGAACCCUGGAAGCGACGGCAGAAAGAUGACCCAUCAGGAGGUCCUCCUGCUGCGUCCCACAAUAAAUCUGAUCGUCGAAAGUGGGAAGGCAGACCUGGAAGUGCUGACGGUUGUAGGAGCAAAGCCUCGCCGCCUGUUGGUGUUGUUAACGGUAGCGGAUGUAGUCACGAUGAGGAUCCUAGAGAAGAUAGGGGCCCGUGGGAGCCACAUGGCCGGAGUCGGAAUUGGAAUAGGAGAGAUGAGAACCGGAAUCCAAGACCUCACCCCAGGCCAGCAGGGCCAUAUGGGCAUGCGCCCCCGGCUUUCACACAUUGAGAAGGGGUGGUAAAUCACCCUGUCUACAUUUUUCUUUCAAUGAAAUAAGAAUUGUUAAGCUAUCAAUGAGCCCACAUCUGCAACGACAUACGUCGUUUUAGUCGAGGAACCAAGCCGAGUAGUCUUGUUUGCAAAUUGCUUACUUAAUUCAGUGUUAAAUAUCCUGCCAUUUUACUUGAA